CCCAUAGUACUCUCCGAACACAAUUCAGCGGUAGCCUACUGCUUUCAUAUAUGCAAGCAACGUAUAUAUAUGUGUUAUCUCUUCACAGGGGAAAAUGAAGAGACGGCGGGAAGAGGAGGAGAUGGAGAUCGUAUGGCAAACGCCGGCGAAUCCACCGGAGCGCCACGAUUACAUCUUCCGAAACGGUGUACGCUACGUGAGACCCUACCACUUCGAGUUCAUCUGUCACGUCAAGAAUCGAUGGACAGGGAAGAAUAUCGUUGACCUGUUUGCCAAAGAAUUCAGAGGACGGCCAUAUGAUUACUACGUUUCUGCUGUGAAAUCUGGACGGAUACAAGUUGAUGGAGAGACGGUGCCUAUUUCAUACAUUGUUCGUACAUCACAAAAGAUAAGCCACUUCGUACACAGGCAUGAACCGCCAGUGAUGGCAUGGGACGUCUCGAUUUUGCAGAAAGAACCAGAUGUGCUGACCGUAUGUAAACCUGCAUCUGUUCCGGUGCAUGCUUCUGGUCAAUAUCGUAAAAACACUGUUGUCGGCAUCCUCGAGGCGGAACAUGGCUUGGCACCUCUGUUUCCCAUUCAUCGACUGGAUCGCUUGGUCUCUGGACUUCUUAUCCUGGCCAGAAGUGCUUCUAAGGCUGACUUUUUUAGGCAACAGAUAGAAGCUAGAGUGGUGCAUAAACAGUAUGUUGCGAAGGUUGUUGGGGUAUUUCCGGAGGAUGAGCAAGUUGUGAAUGCCAAUGUCAAUUUCAAUGUUCGAGAAGGGAGGAGCACAGUGGAGGUGGAAUCUGCUGGAAAUGCUUGUACAACACUGAAGGGAAAGGCUGCUACUACAAAAUUUACUAGGAUUGGUACCAAUGGAAUUCAUAGCAUCGUUUUGUGUGAACCAAUCACUGGCAGAACCCAUCAAAUACGCGUCCAUCUGCAGUAUACGGGUCAUCCAAUAGCCAAUGAUACGCUCUACCUCUCUGAAGAAGUUGUUGAUCCUUUCACUAAAGGCAUGGGCACUGAUAGCACUGUGGGUGUGUCUGAAGAGGACUCCAAAGAAGGUUUCAGCAUUGAUCCCAUGUGUACAAACUGCCCCAAUUUGGCUCACAAGGGAUAUGAUACAGAUCAGGAGGGUCUAUGGCUGCAUUGUUUACGAUAUACAGGACCAGGCUGGACUUAUGAAUGUCCCUAUCCUGAAUGGGCAUCGCUCGACUAAUCCUUUUUUGUUUUUUGGUUUUGUAGGUCUAAAUUUUGAGAAAAUUUUGUUGUACACCAUCCCUUUAUAUCACUGUAAUUUAUGAUGUGGUCGGUCCAUUUUUCCAUUGCAUCAGACAAGAACGUGACUGAUUUCGGCAGUCUCUCUUGAAUUUAGGGUUUCUGCAUAAGUGGAUGUGGUUUGGAGUCUGGAGACGGUUUCUCCUCAUUUUUAGCUAUUGCAGUACAAUGCUAGUCAUACUUUUGAAAUUCAGAAA